UGCUUGCAGUCUCCAGGCUUCAUUUCCUGUACAGAGACCUUGGGUCACCAUGGACAAACAUCUCUUGUUCAUCUUCUCCUACUUUUGCUUCAUUGUGGCAGUGACCCCGCUCAGAUGCAUAACAUGCCACUUUCAGACCCAAGCAGACCGCUGUCGCAGAGACUUUGGAGUUUGCAUUACUAAGAAGCAUGAGACGUGUAUGACCUUAAGAAUCUCCCAGGGCAACACCCUGAUGUUAAGCUAUAUGGUAUGUCAGAAAUUCUGCAAAGACUUGACCUAUAACUUCAAGAACAGGACCUAUGAUCAUAAAUGCUGCGAAAAAGAUUACUGUAACUACCCAGUCUAA